CAGAGCUGCAUCAGACAGCAGGGGGAGCAAGAUGGAGUCACAGAUCCAGGUCCUCAUGUCCCUGCUGCUCUGGGUGUCUGGUGCCUGUGCAGACAUCUUGAUGACCCAGUCUCCAUCCUCCCUGGCUGUGACAGCAGGAGAGAAGGUCACCAUCAGAUGCAGGUCCAGUCAGAGUCUUUAUUCAAGUAACACCAAGAAGAACUACUUGAACUGGUACCAGCAGAAACCAGGGCAGGCUCCUAAACUGAUGAUCUACUUAGCAUCCACUCGGAACACUGGGGUCCCUGAUCGCUUCACAGGCAGUGGGUCUGGGACAGAUUUCACUCUCACCAUCAGCAGUGUCCAGGCUGAAGAUCUGGCAGAUUACUACUGUCAUCAGCAUUAUAGUGCUCCUCCCACAGUGCUUCAACCUCCAACAAAAACCUCCUCUGAGAUUCACCAGCUGUCUGCACCACACACAGCUCUGGACCUGCACACUUCCCUCUUUUGCCUGAGAGCCAGUGUUUCUGAAGUAAUGAUGAAAAGUUUUGCAGAGCCCAGAAAUAAUAAAGAGUUCAAUGUCUCUUACAUAUUUUGGUAUGAAAAACUUUGUGUCCAAUGUGACAUCCACAUGACCCAGAGUCCAGUUUCUCUGUCUGCCUUUAUAGGAGACACUGUCACCAUCACUUGCCGGGUCAGUCAAGACAUUGGUAGAUAUUUAGGCUGGUACCAGCAGAAAGUGGGGGAAAGCCCCAGGUUUCUGAUCUAUUAUGCAUCCAAUUUACUUUCUGGUGUCCCAAAGAGGUUCAGUGGCAAUGGCUUUGGGGCAGAAUACACUCUCACUAUCAACAGCAUGGAGCCUGAAGAUGCUGGGACUUACUACUGUCAACAGUGUUUCAGUUACCCUCCACAGUGCUACAAAGUGUAA